CCCCCACUGUUCGGUGCAGGACACUGUCACACUUACAUUAGAUAAAGGCUGGGGACCCGUCAUGUAAAUCACAGCAAGCAUGAGACCUCGGCCCCUCGUUGCCUCGCAGCUGUUAGAGAACUACAACUCCCAGCAUCUCCGCCUGCUGAGAGCUGCAACAGUCCCCAGCCCGGACUCAGCAGCCCGAACGCUGCCAGGCAGGAACCUGUGGGUGGUGGAGGGGAGCUGCUGCUGCUGCUGCUGAGCCGCCUCACUACUAUACAUACAGCUGCACAAUGCCGGGCGGCUCCAUAGCAACCUGCAGCCACACACACGCCCAGGGAGAGAGCAGGCAGCUCCCGCAUAGCCACCGCACCAUCCAGCCGGAGCUGCACUCACCCCCGGGGACCCCCCGAGCCAUGCUGCCCGGCCACUGAGGUCCGCCCCCCCCCCUGUACCACUCACCACCAUGGGCCAGAAGACGCUGACAACUGAGCCGCCCAAUAUAACAGAAGAUGUAUUUGAGGACUUCCUAGUAACAGAUGACUUGCUUGUAGACUACUUCAAUGAGUUUCUCAAUCUACCAACCUUCCCUGAAGCAAUUAAGUUCAAUAAAGUAUAUGGGAUUUUCGAAGUGGUCAGUCAUUUUCCAGACCAGCUAGAACAGAAAAUUAAAAAAGUUUUACGUGAGCAUCAACCUUCAAACCCCAUCUACAGCGCGACCAGAGGGCUCACCAGACCGGCAGCCAAAAAAUCCUGCGCCAACAUAAACAUUGACAACAAUUAUAGUAUUAUGUGCUUGAAUCAGGAGCAGGGAGUUCAGUGGAUUAAGAAGGAAAGACUUCCCGCCUUCCUGCAAAGCGAUUGCUAUUUUGAAUACAGACUCGCUAAGCUGGUGUCCCAGGUAAAAGCCAGCAACACAGGCGUGAGUUUACAGGUAGACCCACAACACCAGCCCUGGGCACACAAAAGAAAGGUCGUCCCUUCCUUGACUCCUGAUAACGAAAAUGAAGACAUUAUGAGGAAGUUCUUUGUUACGCUCGGUCAGGCUUCCUUCACCCAGACAAAGGAGUGGUUCACAAUAGCAAAACAAAGUGACCCCACCACAACCACAAAUUCCAUUUCCCGCCCAAUCCCCUGGGGACAGGAAAACAGCAGCACUACAUCGCUCCAUGAACAUAAUAGUCAUCAAGCUAGCCCAAGUAUUUCCAACACCCAAGAUGCAAGACUUCACCAGCUGACUAAUAAAGCAUGGUCUCUUAAAUCGGAGAAAGACCGCAAGAUUGCAUCGCGAGAUACACAGGAGGAGGACGAGUACUCUGUAUCUAUUGCAGUUUCUCCAACUCCGAGCCCAGUAAGACUUUAUGUUGAGCCAAAACAAGAGCAAUUGUUUGGCGUUGAAGAUGGGGUAAAACCAGGGAGUAAUAUUCAUCACAGUGCUCAAGACCCAAAGGUUCCAGUCUUUCCAACAAUUGAGAAGUUUGCUUUUUAUUAUGUUGAUCGUAUUAUGAAAUCGGCAGUCUCCAAGGUAAAUGGUGAGGUAUUGAAGAGAAGUGCAGACGAAGUCGAUGUUUUUGACUUAUCUGAGGUGACAAUCCAGACAUUACAGAAAACAGAGACAUCUUCUAUGAGCUCUGAGAGAACCAUCGAGGAAGAGAUUAGCGGCUCUGAAUCCGACAGCGAACAGGAUUUACCGGAUUCCAUGCACAGUAAUCAGGAUUAUUCCCAUAUCCGCAGCCGGAAAGAAUUUGAAAAGUUUAAAGCAUUUAUUGAAGGAACCUCUGGGGAGAAACUGAUAUUGUUGUGGAUGGACAUUGAGAGGUUGAAAGCUAUGAAGGACAUGAAAAGAAAGCAGAGCCAUGUUAACGGGAUGAAAAAGCUGUAUCUGGUGGCGACUAGUAACCAUUAUCUCCCAGCUGAAGUCCUAAUGGGUCUGGGCCUUCUAGAUACAAAUCAGUGGAAUGAAAACCAUCUACAGAGAGCUCAGAGUGGAAUAGCUAGAGCACUGCUGCUGUACUGGGGCCCUAGGUUUUGUUCUGGGGCUUCAGCCAUCGCUAAUAACGUUGAUGCUGACCUUAGAGUUUGGUACGACCGUCAGCUGAGACCUAAAAGGGAUGUGGACCCUUUUGCACAGACCGUAACAUUGCUACCUUACAGGCCCAAGUCGUGUGUGCCAAGAAUCCGCACCUCUAGUUCUGCGGUAAUGGAAAAGAGUCCUCCAUCUCCCAAAAAGAUUAGAGGCACCUCCGGUUCCAGUCAGCCUGACAGGCUGAUAUCUGCAAAACUAACACCUCAAAAGAGGCUGACAAGGAGUUUACCCAGCAGCACGGUCCACUCACCUAAUACCCGGACGAGACCCGUGACCAGCUUUGCAUCAUCUUACCGCACAGACCUAAAGAAGGAGAGUAUAGGACCAAAGCAUCGAUGUGAUGCUCUAGAUGAGAUUAUUUCAAGGGCAGAAACCAGCAGCUGCGUCCUGUGGAGCUCCAAGAUGGAGGAAAUGCUGCAAGCCCUGCAUCUGGACUGCCGGGCCGGCUAUUUCUUUGCCACGUUCUGUGAGCAGUCCGGGAACAAGCUGUGGGAGAAUAGUGUCUACUUUUGGUUUGAUCUACAGUCCUAUCAUCACUUGUUUUACCAAGAGACUCUUCAACCUUUUAAACUACGGAGACAUUCCCAAAUGAUUUUUGCCAAUUAUCUUUCCCCUUCGGCUUCCAUGGACAUAGGUGUUGACCAGAUCACAAGAAAGGAGAUUUACCAUAAACUCAAUCCACCCUUUGAGGAUUUAUUUGACUCGGCUGAAGAAUACGUCCUCACACUUCUGCUCUCCGCCUGGAUUCAAAUGAACGAGUCAGACAGGCAGGCCUAUGAGAAGGUCGAGCUGGUUGAAGAAUCGCGACAGCUGGAGUCAGCUAACUAUCAGAAACUCCAUGCUUUGCUACAGGAGAAGGCGGCCAGGAAGGGUGAGGACCAACUCCACAAAUCUAUCUUUGUUCCCCUUCCCGACAAACCUAAAGAUCCUAACCCGUGGGAGCAGGUCCCGGUGGAAUACAGGAAUUACAAUCUCGGCACCUUGCUCCGGCACAGGAUGGAGCUGGAACACUUCCGUAGCUUUCUGGAUGAUCAUUUUGCAAGCACGGACCUCAUGUGCUGGAUCGACCUGGAGCAUCUCAGAAGGUUGCCACAUAGAGAGAAGGAAAAGCGCUUAGAAAAAUCCAAGGAUGUCAAAAAUAAAUAUUUAAAUAAGAAAUAUUUCUUUGGGCCAAACAGUCCGGCGACCAGGGAUCAGCAAGAGCAGGUCAUGCUGCUAGCUGGAGGCUGGGGGAAGAUUCUCCAUGAUUGUCUCUCGUUACCCGCCCUUAUAGAAAUACAGAAAUAUGUGCGAAUGAGGAUCGAGAAGAAAUGGCUUCCUAUGUACUUGUCAACUGAGGAAUACAGAGAGCGCCAGAAGCUGCAGUCACAGGUGAAAGAUGUUGCAGAAGAUGUCACAUUGCAGACCAGCAAAAAGAAACUGGGAGUAUGGAAGCACCUGGACAGCAAGUGGGUUUCAUCCUCCAAAGAAAUUAUCGCCUUCCGUAAAGCGCUGCUGAACCCCAUUACAGCAAGCCAGUUCCAACGCUUCAUAUCUCUAAAAGGGGAUUUUUUUGAAAACGGGCUGCUCUUCUGGCAAGAGGUGCAAAAAUACAAGGAUUUGUGCCACUCUCAUUGUGAGGACUCCAUCAUUCAGAGCAAGAUCACCGCUAUCAUCAACUGUUUCAUCAACUCCUCCAUCCCGCCGGCUCUACAGAUUGACAUACCUCCGGAGCAGGCACAGAAGAUUAUGGAGCGGCGACGUGAUCUAGGGCCUUAUGUGUUUCGGGAAGCGCAGAUGACCAUCUUCAGCAUUAUGUUCAAGUUCUGGCCCGAGUUCUGUGACUUCCGCAGCCAGCUGACGGAUGAGAAGAUUUUGCCGUUGCUGGAGAGGAAGAAGGCAAAGAGGGCGGAACAGAUGAAAAAGAAGAUGAAGGAACAAGAGAGACUCGCCACGCAGCUGCAAGAAGACUCAAAGAGGAAGGGGACUUUCUCAGACAUCUACAGAGAUAAUGACAGCGCUUACAGUGAGAAGUUAUUUCCAGGCCGUAAAAAUCAGCAGGACUCAAAAAGGAAGGGGCCUGUCUCUGAUCUCCGUAACGGUAACAGCGAGGAGCUGUUCUCUGGCCACGAAACAUACGGACGCAACAAAAAUCAUCAGGACUCAAAAAGGAAGGGCUCUUUCUCGGACAUCUAUGGCGAUUAUAGUGAGGAGUACGGCCGCAGCAGAAAUGUAUGUUGGAGUUAUUCUAAAUACUUGGAAGCUCUGGAGCAGGAGAGGAUGCUGAUUAAAAUGCAGCAAGACUUGGAGAAGAGUACGGAGUCCAGCGUGACAUCAGGUAUUGUGUCAGAGCUAUCAUUGUACAGUGUGAAAAGUGACGAAUCUAAAAGGACUGGCAAGACCUUCAAUUCCUCCCACCACUCCGCACACGUACGACGAAUAUCAUCUGCUACAAGGCAUUAAUGAUCUAAGGGUAAACUAAGAAAACGGGACAGGAAUCUGCAUGUGACAGCGCUGAGCACGAUUCUCCCUGCAACAAGUCCUAACUUAUUAUACAUGAAUUAUAGCUGUUCUGUUAUAGUCAGUUUGUAGCUGACAUACGUGUAAUACACAAUACUGUAUAGACGUGUAGCACUAAAGUGACCUUACACACUGCAAGCGAGUUCUCAGAGCUGCCAUUAGGUGAUACUGAAAUGGGCACAGACUUUGGACGUAGUAUGCCGUAGGUGGUAUGUCGGUGUUACCCCAGCGCUCUGCGUUGCUGCUUCAUAACACGAUGUAGCCUACUGGUGCAGUAUCUGAGUGAACAAAAGGGGCAUAUGUAUCAUAGUGCCUAAUGUAUACAUGUCCCAAAAACAACUUAUCUGUAAACUCUUGAAAAGUGUCAAAUUAAUGUGUUAUUGUGCAAUUCACCUACCCAAGUGGCAGCAACAAGAUGAUAUACAGUAUAUGGAUAAGAGACUAUAACCAACAGUGAUUUUUUUAUGCCAAAAAAUAUUAUGUGUUUUAAUAAUGAAAACAAGUGCCUGCGUACUGGAAAAUAUGAAAGAAAUAAAAAAUAUUAUAUAUAUAUAUAUAUAUAUGUAUAUAG